AGAUUUUAAAUAUGCAAUUCCUAUACAUUCCCUGUAGUUAGUUAUUGUUAAUGAGGGGAAAAAAAGAAAAGGACAUUGGUUGGGGUAUGGUCAUAAUUUUAAUAAGAUUAAAUUUAAAAGUAUAGAUGAAUAAAUAGAAAAAACCCACCACAAAGUAUUAAUAGAGGUUUUCUAUGGAUGGUGGGAUUGAAAGGCAGUUUUUCUUCUCAUUUAUCUAUAUUUUUUAAAAGUUCAGGGACCUGAUUCUACUUUCAUAAUAGUUACGAUCAAAGUUAAUUGGCCUCUCAGUGACACGUAGCUAAGUUUCCUGCUACUCAUCCAGGUGUCUUUAUUAAUAUUCCUUAUUUAAGAAGCUUUUGGUAAACAUUUCUACCAAUUCCAUAUAUUCUUGUGCAUGAAAAAUUGGAAAACUCGAUGGACGUGAGUCUGAGUGAACGCCGGGAGUUGGUGAUGGACAGGGAGGCCUGGCGUGCUGCGAUUCAUGGGGUUGCAAAGAGUCGGACACGACUGAGAGACUGAACUGAACUGACCAUAUGACUUGGAAUUAGGCACCUGGAGAAUUUUGAAGACAAACCUAGAUUUGAAUUUUGGCAAGCUGCUUUUUUAACCUAAACAGUUUUCCAUCAGUGAAAAAAGCAUGCUGCUGCUGCUAAGUCGCUUCAGUUGUGUCCGACUCUGUGCGACCCCAUAGACGGCAGCCCACUAGGCUCCCCUGUCCCUGGGAUUCUCCAGGCAAGAACACUGGAGUGGGUUGCCAUUUCCUUCUCCAGUGCAUGAAAGUGAAAAGUGAAAGUGAAGUCGCUCAGUCGUGUCCAGCUCGUCACAUAAGGCCUAGCUAAUUGUGAGAAUUAAAGAAGGUUAUGAAUAUAAAGUGAUCAGUGGCACAGGGUUCAAUAAAUGUAAGCUAAUAUUAUCUGAGAGUCAUGAAAUAUGGUUGGUGGCUAAAGAGGAGGUGAUAUCUGAUGGGAUAGGUCCAGAUUUUUGGGCUUUCUCAAAGGAAAUGAAAGAUGUCCAGUUAGACACUUUUGGUUGCCAGUCCCUGAAGUAAGACUGGUCUGCCUUUGUUCCUGAUUUAAGGUACAUCUGUAGACCUCAGUUCGAUUCCUUGGUUGGGAAGAAGGGAAAGGCUACCCACUCCAGUAUUCUGGCCUGGAGAAUUCCAUGCACUGUAUAGUCCAUGGGGUCCCAAAGAGUCCACACGGCUAAGUGACUUUCACUUAUGGACUCUAAGGAGAGAGAAUGCUGUAGAUAACUAAUAAAUGACAAAUGUCUGAUGAGGUAAGAGGAGAUCUAGAUAAACUAGAUGAUGGGUGUGUGUUUGUGUGUGGGGGGUUGUCAGUACCCUAAAACCUUAAAAGUGUCCCCAUUUAACUCUUACCUAAGACUAUCUAACAUACUAGACGCCACCCACCCCACAAAAAAAAAAAGAAAAAGAUUUUUAGUUUCGAAUUUUAUCAGUGCUUUAAAGGUCCACAUUGAUUGGAAGUAAAACAGUCUUAAGAGUCAAUGUAUCCCAAUCACUUUGUUACACAUCUUUACUUUUAAAAUGUUUACUUUCUGAAAUUUUGAUUUUGUAUUCAAGUAAUUGGACGUUUCAAGCAAGAGCGUCCUGUGUAAGCAGAAAAAGGAAUAUGUGCAUCUUUGAAAAAGAACAUGAGAAAAUAGUAAUAUCUGCACUAAGGAACCGUUACUUUCUACUCAUUUUUUAGCAAUAUAUCAACUAAUGGAAUGAUAAGCUCACUUCUUACACAUUUCCUAAACAGUAAUUUUAAAAUGUGGUGAGAUUGAAAGGUCAUGCUAACGACUGUUUAAUGCCGAAGUUUAGAUUUGAAAUAUUUGAAGACUUAAGUCCCAAGGACUUUAAAAUGAGGUUCCAUUCCCUUCCAUUACUCUUCUUAGCAGAUGUCAAAAAUUGAGAAGGUGGGGAUGUCUUUUCACUUUAACGGAAAACAUGGGAUUAACUUCCAAAAUAGGAACUGAUGUUAAGACGGGGACAGGAAUUUUAGAAAUUCGAGUUCUACACAUCAUCUCUUUUUCUUUUGCAUGUGAACAUAUGUUCCAAUUGGUCGAGUCCUUGAACCUUUCUAAACUUUACAAAUUCCAAUUCUACGUUGAAGAACUAGUAGUCACGGGGAUGGAGGGUGGGAGUGUGCAAAGGGAAAUUUUUCACAAUAGGAUAGGAUUUACAUUCUAUGUCUACUUACACUUAUGUCUACUUUCACUUUCCAUCAACGAAAGUUGUCUAGCAAGCGCCUGCAGGAUUAAUUUUAGCUUUUAUCGCUAACAGGGGUCUAGCGGAACAAAUAUCUUCUUAGCACAGCCCACUUCUAAAACCCUUUCAGCCUCCCACUCAGGAGGUGGCGAGCAAAGCCCAGCGGCCGCUUUGCUUCUCUCUUAACUCCGCCCCUUCCAGUUGGCUACAAGCUGAUGACAUCAUUGCUCCGCGCAACCUACCAGGCCUCAGGGCCUGAAGCUGAGACGAAGUCCCGGCUUUCACGUAGCGGUACGUGAAGUGGGGGCGGUAGUGUUCUACUACGCAUGCUCACCGUCGACGGCGACGGUGCCUCUUUCUUUGCUACUUUCCACAGCUCGCCCCAACCUGGAGAGCCGGGGCGGAGGGGGCGGGGGGGGACGCUGAGUGCCCUCCCCCUUUUCUCCCGGCCCCUCCUCUUCCCCCCGCCCAGUAGGGCUUCUAACUGACAGUUGUCGCCAGGCCCCGUCUGCGCGCCGCCUCCUCCUGCCUGGGUGCCCCGCAGGUAGAGAGGGGCGGGAGGGAGUGUGAGGGAGAGGAGGAGGAGCCCGAGCCGCGGUGGCCCAGCGUUUCGGCACCCUCCGGGAAGGCUAGAGAAGAAGCCCACUUUUCUCCUCGCCCCCUCCCUGCCUUCAAGCCGGCCCGGGAGGGGGUGGGGCGCGGAGGCCAAGCCAGGCCUGGCGGGUUAAGAGCGGCCGGGCGGGGCGCGGAGGGGUGAGGCAGGCUAGGGCCGUGCGCGCGCGCCGCCGCCGGGGGGAGGGGAGAGGAGGGCACCUAGGCUCUCCUCUUCUCUCCCCCCUCCCCCGCGCCCCAUGUAACCCCGCCCCGCGGGCGGCAAGCUCGAGACCCCCGCGCGCACCGAGCCGAGCCGGCGGCUGAGGAGAGCGAGGCCCGAUGCGGCUGAGGCUGCGCGGCGCCCCUGAGCCCUGAAGAAGCGGUCCGCGUUCACGCGUGCCCCGGCGCCUCGAGCGGCCGCUGCACACCGCCCAAGCUGGGCCUGCCGGAGGCAUGAGCGUGCCCGGGAAGCCGGGGGAGAUGAAGCCGGCCGGAGAAGAGAAGCGGCCGCCACAGGCGGCCGAGGAAGAGGACGACGACGAGUUGGUGGCAGCGGCGCCGGCCUCACGGCCGGCCCGAAGGAGUGCCUCCUUGAGGGAGGACGCGGACGACGACGAAGAGGAGGAGGAGAUGGUGGUCGGGGGCGGUGGCUGCAAGGAGCAGGAGCUGACCUACGAGCUGCAGCAGGGCUACCGCAUCCUGGGCGAGUUCCUGCAGGAGAAGCACCGAGGCCUCACCGCCCCAUUCCUCCAGCCCUUGGGGGGCGUUGCCACCAGGGAAGAGGAGGCGGCCGAGGGGCCGCGCGGCGGAGGCCGGGGCAGUCGCGCCCUCCCGCAGCAGCCCGGUCAGGGCAUGUGUCUGCUGAAGAUGGAGGAGAAGUUCGCCAGCGGCCAGUACGGGGGCAUCACCGAGUUCGUGGCGGACUUCAGAUUGAUGCUGGAGACGUGCUACCGCCAGCAUGGAGUGGACCACUGGAUCUCCAAACAGGGCCAGAAGCUGGAGAUGAUGCUGGAGCAGAAGUUGGCGCUUCUUUCUCGGCACUUGAGAGAAAAGACAACGAUAGCAGUUACAUCUAGAGGCUAUUAUGGAUUGGAGGAUGAGAAGGGAACUGCAUGUACUUCAACAAGGCGUCGGUCAACACCACGAAGUUUGGCAGGCUUGACAAGUGGAGUUUUUGAAUCUGUAAUGGUUCAAGUUUUGAGACAGGAAGAACAGCUGAGAGCAAAAGAAGAAAAAAGGCUUCGGGAGCAGGAAAGAAAAGAAGCAGAAGAAGCUAGUCAAAAGGAAAUAGAAGAAUGGGAAAGAAAACUUCUAGCUCAAGCAGCUCCAACUUGUAUGGAGACCAUGUGGGAAAUUCCAGCUAUUGGGCAUUUCCUUUGUUUAGCCCAGCAAAUUUUAAAUUUGCCAGAAAUAGUCUUUUACGAAUUGGAACGUUGUCUUCUGAUGCCUCAAUGUAAUGCUUUUCUAUCUAAAAUAAUGACUUCUCUAUUAAGUCCUCCCCAUCGCAGACCUACCUUACAUCGAAGACCUACUUUGCCUUAUAGGACCUGGGAAGCAGCACUGAGACAGAAAGUGCAGCAGUGGUACACGGCUGUAGGGCAGACAGAAAAUCCUGACAACUGUGCUGAAAAACUUGGGUUGUGUCCUCAGUUUUUUAAAGUUCUUGGAGAAGUUAAUCCAUUGGAAGAAAAACCUUUUCAUGAGCUACCUUUCUACCAAAAAGUGUGGAUACUUAAGGGUCUUUGUGACUUUGUGUAUGAAACACAAAAGGAAGUUCAAGAUGCUGUACUUGGUCAACCUAUUCAUGAAUGCAGGGAAGUUAUUCUCGGUUAUGAUUAUUUGGAGAAUGCUUAUGUACAUUUUCCACAGUUCUGUGGUGCAGAUGUACGGAUUUACAAACAAAGACCUUUUCAGGCCCCAGAAUUUCCAAUUCCACCCAUUAAAAUACAAAGAGUACCUCGGAUUAAACUGGAGAAAUUGAAGUGUGACUAUGUUAGUGCAAGUAAUGGACAGCAUAGGUGUAGUAGAGAAGGCCUGCCCUCUGCCUUCAGAAAAGAGCAGGAAAUUAAUUUUGAUCCAACCUGCUGCCCUGCUAAAAUGAACUUAGAUAAUCAUGACAUCUCUGUUGAAAUGGAAGUGAACUCUAACUGUGAAAUUAGAAUUCACAGGCCCUGUGAAAUGAAUAUAACUGAUUGUUGUAAAGAAAAUUUAGAGAAACCAGGAAGUCCAGGGGAGGUUACUAGCUUUGGAGAGCCUCUCAGUCCAGGUGAAAUAAGGUUUAUAGAAAAUCAGGAAAAAUAUGGUGAAGCUUCCAGAGUAAAGCCUGAACCCAGUCCGUUAAAAGAAAAUGCUCUGAAAUCUUGCCAGAUACAUGUAAAUGGAAGCCACAGUGAUCAUCCAGACAUUAACUGCCACAAAGUUGUAAGGGAUAUUCUAUUAGAACAGUCACUGCAGAGCCACAAGAAACUCAAACUAACUAAAAUGAGGGCAAAAAAGAAGAAAAAGAAAAAAAAGAAAUUGAAAGAUAUUUUUAAUGAAAACUUACAGAGAAAGCGCGAAAGUCUUCAUUCCCUUGCAUUCAAGUCUUACAAACCUGAGAUCCAGAAUAAGUUACUGAUCAUCAAAAAGAAAGCAAAACACAAGAAGCACAAAUCUGGAAAAAAAUCCAUAUCUAAAAAAGCAAUCACAAAGAAGAGGAAAACUGUCACAAAGUCACCUACUGUACCAGAAUUUCAGCUUAUUUGCACUAAUCUUGAUGAACUCAGGGAAUUAAUCACAAAAAUCGAGAAUGAACUCAAAGAUCUGGAAAACAAUAGAAAAAAAUCGGGCAAAUGGUAUCAUCGGAGGCAAGCUGUAAAAGAAUUGCAUAGUACAUUGAUACGUCUUUUAAAUGAAUUGCUGCCAUGGGAACCAAAGUUAAUGAAAGCUUUUCACAGAAACAGGAGUCGCCUAAAGAAAGACUAUGAUGAUUUUAGAAGACAGCCUGAUCAUGAUAAAUUUGCUAGAGAACUGUGGACUAGUGAAGAAGGUGAAGGAGAUCCUGGAAGAGAAACCCCUAAAGUAGAAAUCAGUAGCAAGUCUGUAGACACCACAGAACCUCUAGAUAUCCUGGAGAAGGAUCAUUUUGAUUUAGAUGAUAUGAAAUUGUCAGAAAUAGAUUUUCCUAUGGCCAGAAGUAAGUUGUUGAAAAAGGAAUUGCCUUCUAAAGAUGUACUGAAGACACUGCCUAAAACACUUAAACGACAGUCCAAGCAAAUUAGUUACCUGGAUGAUAGCACAAAAGAGCUUUCCCCAAGGAAGAAAGCAAAGUUAAGCACAAAUGAGACAGUGGUUGAGAAUGUAGAAGGUGAUGUGCAGAUGGACUGUUUGAAUGAAUCAAAGCAUACAGAGCCACUGUGUCCAGAGUCGUUUGCCUCAUUGGAUUCAACACCAGUGUCUACUCUCCAGAAAGGGACCAAACCUAUUCAGGCCUUGCUUGCAAAGAAUAUUGGGAACAAAGUGACCUUAACAAAUCAACUGCCCCCUUCCACAGGUAGAAGUGCCCCUGCUGUGGAAAAGCCAGUUAUAUCUCCUCCAGAAGCAAGCCCCAUAAAGCCAGCAUUGACCUGCCACACCAGUACAAAAGGUCCUUUACAGAUGGUAUACAAAAUGCCCUGUGGUCAGUGGUUGCCCAUAGAUCUUCAUAACAGCUCUGUAAAGAUUCAGAUGCAACCUAUGCUAGAUCCUAAAUCAGGAGAAAAAAUUAUGCAACAGAUUCUCAUUCUGCCUAAGAAUUUUGUGAUUCAGCACAAGGAAGGGAAAGCAGUUGCAAAAGAAAUACCACCACUUCAGCAAAAAGGUACAGAACAACAUGGUUCAUCUUUCCCACAGACAGCAAAUGUAAACUCUUCUUUACCAUCAGUUCUUGUCAACCCAACAGGAACUGUUUCUACCCAACUACCUAAUACAGCUUUCAACAAGACAGUUACCCCUUUGUCAAAUGUGAGUAGUGCUAGACCACAGUCUUUGACAUCUGUAACCUCCAUAAGUAAUUUGUUAGCACCACCAGUUAAGACUAGCCAGAGUGAGGUAGGAAAAGUCAAGAACACAGUUUCAGCCACCGUGUUCCCACAGCCCAUUGCUUCACCCACCAUUUCCUCAACAGUUCAGCCUCAGUUAUCAGCAACAACACUAAAUGGAUCUACAAAUUCCGGUAGUUCCCUCAACUGUUUUGCACAACAAACUGCUGAUUCUUCUGAAGCAAAGCAAGAACUGAAAACUGUGUGUAUAAGAGAUUCACAGUCAAUUCUUGUUAGGACACGAGGUGGAAACACGGGAGUUGUAAAAGUACAGACCAAUCCAGAUCAGAAUUCACCCAACAGUUUAUCUUCAAGUUCAGUUUUCACUAUUGCUCCUCAGCUUCAGGCAUUUCUGGUACCAAAAUCAACAGCUUCAUCAUCAUCUGCUUUUUCGUCAGUAGCUGGAACAACUGCUACAUCUAGUCUCCCAUCUUUUGGCCAAGCACUUACUUCUGUUUCCAUUCCAGCUGGCUUUAAUCCAUCCACAGGGAAAAAUCUUAAAUUUACAUUAAGCCAACCUUCCUGCAGUGGUAAUUUGGGCCAUAUGAUAGAUAAAACUUCACCCAUGCCCUCCUCUCCCUUAAAGUCCUCUGUUUCUUCUAGCCCUCUAUUAUCAUCAACAGCAAAUAGUUCGGUAAGUGUAAUUAACGUAUCAACAGGAAAUUUUGGACAAACCAGUUCAAAUGUUAUUCGUACACCAGCUAAACAUCAGCAAGUAGAUUAUGUCACAAAAAGUUACCCUGUUACAAGAUCAGAAGCAACAGCAACAGCAAAUGGAGAUACUAUCAGUGGGACUCCAGUGCAGAAACUUAUGCUGGUGUCAGCUCCAUCUGUUCUUUCUUCUGGCAGUGGAACUUCGAUUAAUGUGGCACCUGCACCAACAUCUCCAGGUGUUUCUGCCCAGAAAUUAGUUUUUAUAAAUGCUGCAAUUCCCAGUGGCACUUCAACCCCAACUAUUGUAGCAGAACCAUUAAAACAAGCUCUUCCUUCUCCAUUGAGUAAAACAUAUGUUAAGUCUCCAGAACAGCCCCAGAUAGUACUAAUUCCAUCUACAGUGGGAACACCAAUAAAAAUAAAUUCAUCGCCAACUGUGUCUCAGAUAAAAGAUGUGAAAAUUGGGCUAAACAUAGGCCAAGCAAUUGUUAAUACUUCAGGCAGUGUGCCAGCUCUACCGUCAAUUAACAUACUGCAAAAUGUAACCUCAAAAGGAGAAGAAAAAAGUAGCAAGGGCUAUGUUUUACCAUUGUCAACAAGUGGCAGUUCAAUUCCAGUAAGCUCAAAUUUUAUGAGUCAAAAUAUUACUCCUGUUAAUGAAUCAGUGGUUUCUGCUUCAAGAACAAUAAACAUGUUUUCAGGAACAGGAGCAAAUGUAUCUUUGGGUUCUGUGUCAGUGACCUCAACCUCUGCCUCAGUUGGGACACGACCUCCUGUUUUAGUCAGUGGAAAUGAUACCUCUUCAAGAAUUAUGCCUAGUUUGUCAAACAGACUUUGCACGUCAAAUCUCGGAAACACUGUGGCUAUAUCAACUGUGAAAACAGGACAUCUUGCAUCAUCUGUUCUGAUUUCAGCUACACAACCAACAGUGUCUCCGAAAUGUCUAACAUCAGCUUUGCAAAUCCCUGUUACUGUUGCCUUGCCUACACCUGUGACUGUAUCCCCUAAAAUAAUCAACACAGUUGCACAAGCAGCAACAGUUCCAGGAACUACACGUUCUGUAUCUCUUUCUAAAAGACAAUCUCGGACUUCGGUCCAGUUUCAGUCACUGGGGGUUUCAACUACAGUGCCAACAAAUAUAAACACAAAUAAACCUCAAACUGAAUUGCCAUCCCUUUCACCAAAUCCAGGUAAAAUAAUUAACAUUUCCAAUUUUGCUUCUCUGCCAAACCAGCAAAUGUCCCCUGCUUUCUUAAAAUCGACCCCUAGUUACAGUCCUACUCCAGGUGUCACUGCCAUUCACACUGCUACAGCACCAUCAAAUGUAACUAGUGUAAUAGGGAGUCAGUUCAGUGAACCUUGUAUUCAGCAAAAAAUAGUCAUCAACACCAGUACACCUUUGGCACCUGGUACUCAGAUCAUGAUUAAUGGAGCCCGGUUUAUAGUUCCACCACAAGGUCUUGGAGCAGGCAGCCAUGUUCUUCUUAUAUCUACUAAUCCAAAAUAUGGACCUCCCUUAGUUCUUAAUAGUGGCCAAGGUGCUCAGCCUACGCCAGUAGAUAACCUGGCCCAGAAGAUCACACUAGCAUCAAAUAAUUCUUUAAGUGGGCAACCUGUAAAACAUUGUCUAAAAAGCUCUACAAAAAUUGUAAACUCUCUUGGGAAUGCAAGUUCUCUAUCCACAAUACCUGCAGCACCACAAAUCAUAAACCCAACUGCUAAAGUUUCUGUUCCACCUCCUGUACCAACGGUGUCACUGACUUCAGUAAUUAAGUCUCCUCCAGCAACUCUUUUGGCUAAGACAUCUUUGGUUUCUGCCAUUUGUUCUAGUAAUCCUCCACUGCCAAGUAACACUUCAGUAUUUCAUUUGGACACGUCAGUCAAAAAAUUACUGGUCAGCCCAGAAGGAGCCAUUUUGAAUACCAUAAAUACUCCAGCAUCUAAGGUUUCUUCAGUCUCUCCAUCACUCUCUCAAAUUGUAUCUGCCAGUCGAAAUCCUGCCUCUGUCUUCCCUGCUUUUCAGUCAUCUGGCUUAGAGAAGCCUGACACAGCUGCAUCUUGAAUUUAGACUAAACGAGCCAGUUUUUAAAUAAUGGGGCAUUGUUUUGACUCCCAUAAAAAUUUUAACUGUUUAUUAUACUGUUGAAAACAUACUAUACAUAGUUUGUGUGUGUGUUAAUGUAUCUUUUCAUUAGCUUGCAACAAGGCUUUGAUUUUCUUGGGGAGGAAAAAAUGUGUUCCAUUUCACUCAUUGGUAUGAAUAUGUUUUCAAAGGUUAUUUGUUUAAAAUAGACAGGAUUUACCUGUCUAUACGACAUAAAUUGAACAGUCAAGUUUGACUAGUUUGGAAUAAGCUAGGGUUUUGCACACCUGCAUCGACAUGUUUCUUCUUGAAUUUGGACUGUUGCAGCGUGUAUCUCUGAUACAAUAUUCUGUGUCUUUAGUGGAAUAAUAUUUUUGUUUCUGUAAAAAAAAAAUAUAUAUAUAUAUAUUUAUGCAUUGUGAAAAUGCAGUCCAUUGUGUAAAAUUGUACAUAUCCCUAAAUCCUUAACAACCUGUACUAAACUAUAUGUACAAAGAACUAUGCUGUCUUAUUUAUGUUUUGUUUACAUAAUGUAUAGUUUUUUAAGUAUUUUAGUAAUUUUGGACCAGUGAACUGUUAGCAUCAAUGCAGAAGAAUCUGCAUGUAAUAAACUGAGUUGCUGUA